AUAUAGGCACCACCGUGCCUCUUGAUUUGAAUUGGCCCAAGACGAUGCGAUUUCUUCGACGAUACGAGAAUGCGUGGGUGAAUAUUUUGCCUGAACCUUUCACUCGCAACCCGCCUGCACGGUCCAGUUGUUUGCACAAGUGUCUAAAUGAUUUUCCACGGGUUUUCGAGCAAGCGUAUUGUUCGUAACAAAUGUGAACAGUUACUUUGGCAAGUUUGUUGUAUUUGUUUGUCGUGCUUGUCACACACAUCGAAGGCUUCAGUUCGAUUCACCGAAGCGACCUUCGCUAAUCGGCACUUCGUUUCGCAGAGGAGUGGAACGGCACCUUCCCGUAUCAGCUUCUGAUAGGAGCAGGGGUGGCGUUGGUCGGUCUGCUCCUGUUGGCAGCCGUCAGCUACCAAUGUUCUUCCACUUGGCGAUGGCUGAUGGGCAUGACGCGACACGAGAAUACCGAGGACACUGAGACCGAUCAGACUCAGCAGAAUGCGAUCCGCAUCAGUCAUUCUCUUCCGGACCUCCAGUCGGAACCGAUGACUCACGAAUAUGUUCAAGAGCAGAAAGAGAAUAAGAAGGUACUGCGCCAAACCACUUUGCCCAUCGUGCCGAUGAGACAUCAAAGUUUCCAGCGUCAACUGUCGCACCGGCUCGACUUGCCCAAUAUUAAGUUCAGCAUCUGCAGCCUGGAAAAUCGCAGCGACUCCAGUCUCGGUCUCAUCAAGCCGGAAUUGUACAAGAAGGAGCUGCUGAGACAAGAAAGCGCGGAAAGCUCGAGCACGGUGGAAAUGGAGUACGCCGGGAAAUUACAUUUUGCUCUUCGUUACGACAAGGAGAUCGACGGGCUUGUUGUCAAGGUCCUGGAGGCUCGCGAGCUGCCGAUAAAAGACGUGACAGGCAGCAGCGACCCGUACAUCAAGGUGUACCUGCUGCCAGACAGGAAGAAGAAAUUCCAAACGAAAGUGCAUCGGAAAAACUUGAACCCGAUAUUCAAUGAAACGUUUAUUUUCAGCGUGUCGUACGAGGAGCUGAGGGAACGUUACUUGCAAUUCUCGGUCUACGAUUUCGAUCGGUUCUCACGUCACGAUCUUAUUGGACAAGUGGUUCUUAAAGGACUUUUAGAUUGCACCGAUCUCGAGCAAGAAAUUGAAUACACGAUGGACAUUCUUUGCGCCUUACAGGAGAAAGUGGACCUGGGAGAAUUAAUGUUGUCUUUGUGUUACCUGCCGACGGCUGGUCGAUUGACAUUGACCGUGGUCAAAGCCAGGAACCUGAAAGCGAUGGACAUAACAGGGAAAUCAGAUCCUUACGUGAAGGUCUACCUGCUGUGCCAAGGUAAGAGAAUAAAGAAGAAGAAAACCACGGUGAAGAAGAAUUCCCUUUAUCCCGUGUACAACGAGGCGCUCGUCUUUGAUGUUCCCGCGGACAAUAUCGAGGAUGUCAGUCUCAUAGUGAAAGUAAUCGAUUACGACAGGAUUGGACCGAACGAGUUGAUGGGGUGCACCGCCAUUGGAUCGAGUUUCAUCGGGAUCGGACGGGAUCACUGGUUAGAAAUGUUGGACAAUCCUAGGAAGCCGGUGGCGCAGUGGUACCCGCUGAUGGAGACCGUCGCCGGUCAUAUCCCAGCGGUGGACUCGGAGCCGCUUCCAGUGAGCUUGAGUUGCUUGAACAGCAGAUGAAGACAGCAGGCGCGCAGCAAACAUCGCGGAAGCAUGCAAAUAUUGUCGGACGCCGGCUUGGACAUCGUCUCCUUCUGCCGUCAUUUAAUGCACAUUGCUUGACUGACUUAAGUACAACCUCUAUCUCGAAAGCCCGGAAAAGGCGAACUCUGUGCUUUGCAACCUUACCUCGUGCGACAAGGAUGAAAUGAUGGGCGAAUCGGCGUAACUGAUCGCUCGCAUGGAAACACACACACGCACACGCGCACACACACACACACACACACACACACACAUAUAUAUAUACUCAGUAGCUCAAACUCGACUCGAUCGGAAACGGAAGUGAGCUUCAUUUGCGUUCCUGUGUCUUUUUCCGAGCGCUAGAACGGUUACAUUAUAUAGUGCAGGCUGGUCCCGCACUACCGUUGCAGACGCAAGUAUAUUCCCUUCUCGUAGAACUUUUGCAGCCACGUGAUGUUGAGCAUGACGGUAGCUUAAAUGUCUUAGAUUAAUGCGCGGAAUCGCGGCUAAGUAAGUUUUUAUAGACGACAAGUACGGACGGUGGCGAAUUCUCGUAGCUCGCGGCCGCGGCAGGCGCAAGGCCUUACUUACCCUCGACGAAGGUGAGACGGGCGGGAACAGAGAUACAUGUGCAUUGUACCGACGUGCGCGGAAUACAAUCGUGAAUCGCGAUAAACCUUAAGAUAGCACAGAACUAGGCAAACGUGUUGAAUGUACGCAUCGUUUCUUACUUCACACUCGCUAAUCACUUCUGCGCGAAUGUUCUAUAAACGUGAUAUAUGUUUACACACACACACACACACACACACACGCACACUUACAACUAUAUGUACAAAUAACGUAUGUCUAAUGCGAUCGAAGGAUCAUGUGCAUCGGUAGCUGCUUCGUAAAUACGUGCGUUUGUACGUUCGCAGCUGACGCAUGACUAUUCGAUUGUGUGAACUCGAUAAUAAACGACAACAUAUACAUUUCCAGAUUGUACGAGGAAUUAUGUCGUAGGAGAGGAAGGGAGACGGAGACGUAUUAUGUAGUCCUCUUAUAAUUUACGAUAUUACGAAUGUAUCACCUGCAUGUAUGCAUAUGUUUAAGGAUAUAGUCGAGGUAACGUUCUUCGAUGGAGCACGAGGCUCAUAGUAUGGAUGAAUUUGUCCCGAUUCUUUCUUUCUUUCUUUUUCUAAGACCAGACUCGACCAGACUCGCGAGUGUCUGUUUAAUACGUGCGCAGCUUUGAGUUGUAUUUUAUAUGAGAGAACAAGUGAUUUUCGCGACGAUAUUUAUCGCAGGAUAUGUACGGAGAAAAUUUGAAUACGCCGUAGACGCGUAUGGGCGUUUCUGGAAAAUGGGUGGAUAGACGGCGAGAAAUAAAAAUCUCGAUUACAAAUCGUCGCCCAAUGAGGCAACGACGAAGACGCGGUGCUGCGCGUCUGCGGAACGUGCGCUCUUAAUUACGAGAUUUACCUUCGUUUCAUUCGCUCUUGCGUGACGCGCGUAUGAGUAUUGUAGGUCUCACCUGAGAGCCGUCGAUUGUGCGGAAGGAAAGAGAUACGCGAGUUAUUUUCGGGGGAAAGAGAAGUAUACGCGUACAUAUAUCUCUACACGUACACAGCGUUAUAUAUAUAUCAUACACAAGUUAUAUAGAGGUAAUCGAAGAAGAAAAAUAAAAGAUGAUGUCAAAACUGGUGAUAUUUCGUGCGACAUAUACACAGACUAGCGAAGAAUGUGCCAACAAAAUUAACGAUGUGGUAGCGGUAGUCACAAUUGAGAGAGUAGUUUGUUCCAAUUGUGUGCUUAGUAUAUUGUUCUAGAAACUUGAGUUUUCGCGCGCAUGCGCGCUACAAUAAUCUUAGAAUAUCCCACUGUUUCGAGUCAAUAUAUAUACUUCGACCAUGCCUGCCUGUUACAUACAUCACUAAGGGAAGUUUUUCGGUACUGUCGACAAUUUUGUAUCUACUCCAUUGUUCCAGCGAUGCCCAUGAGGAUGAAAGAAAGAUGCUGUAUUUUUCGUACAAGUGGGAGUCGUUUUACCACACAGGACUGAGCUUUCUCAAGUAACCUCGCUGUAGUGAGUUCAUAUCGUGAGUAGCGAUUUACGUUAGAAAGAUUAGAAGGAUGACGCGAAGGUGCGAUACGAGACAACAAGCUUCUCGCGCAACCGCACGCGAAUUUUUUAAUUGCCUCAUUGGACGCGCGAUGUUCUCAGAUUCGGAGAUUUACGUUUUCCUCUCGUCCUUUCGUCGCGCGUACGACGCUUCGGUUGAAGAUGUUCACGAUUGUCUCGAGCAUCAACAAAGUCGACUCUCUAUUUGUUUCAAAUAUGUCUACCUGAUCGGAUAUCAUAUACUUUCGUAUUAUAAAUCGUAGACUGCGCGCUGGACUGCGCACAAAAUUCCGAACAUAAACGCGUAUCUGCGAAUAUGCGGGGCAAACUGCACGCCGAUGAAUAUACAUACAUACAUCGAUAAUUGAGUUGUUUGCGUGUUAUUAACAUUUGAAUCGACGAAUGAGCACUUGGUUUAAAAUCUACUCUAAUUACCGGGGCGAUCGUAUUCGCAUGUAGUUAAUCUAUGGACAAGUAAUAAUAAUAAUAAUAUCAAUACUGACACGAUGUGUAUACUUUUCUAACGAAUAUGAUAACUAUAUUGUAUAUUCGAGCACGCAAUGCUCUCUGUUAUGAUCGUGAAUAACAUCAAUAAAUCGGUAAAUAAGG